UGCGCGUCCUUCCCCCCAUGUGAUCUCCUCCCUCCUCUCUCCCUCUUCUCUCCUCUCACACCUCCACCACCACCAUUCUCCCUCUCCUCCUCCUCCCCCCCAAAAAAAGGGGCACCACCACCACCACCACCACCGCAUCGCUCCACGCCAAAACGGGAGCGGAUUCGGCGGUGGCGGUGGCAGUCGCAGGGAGGGGGGGGCAUGUCGACGCGGUCCAAGUCGGUGCCGGUGCCCGCGGGGGGCGGCGCGGCGACGGUGCCGCUCGCCGUGCUGCUGCGGCGGGAGGUGGUCAGCGAGAAGACCGCGGCGGAGCGCCCCGAGCUGCAGGUCGGGCUCUUCAGCCAGGCCAAGAAGGGGGAGGACUACACCUUCCUCAAGCCCGACUGCGAGCGCCUCCCCGGCGUCCCCUCCUCCUCCUUCUCCGCCUUCGGCCUGUUUGAUGGGCACAAUGGGAAUGGAGCCGCGAUUUACACCAAGGAGAAUCUCUUGAGCAACAUCUUGACCGCAAUCCCAGCUGAUCUCAACAGGGAGGAUUGGCUUGCCGCGCUUCCGAGAGCGAUGGUUGCAGCAUUUGUCAAAACUGAUAAAGAUUUCCAAACGAAAGCCCGCUCAUCAGGGACAACGGUGACAUUUGUCAUAAUAGAUGGAUUGUUUAUUACCGUUGCAUCUGUUGGUGAUUCGCGUUGUGUACUAGAAGCUGAAGGUUCUAUUUAUCAUUUAUCUGCUGAUCAUCGAUUUGAUGCCAGUAAAGAGGAGGUUGACCGUGUAACAGAAUCUGGGGGUGAUGUUGGUAGACUUAAUGUCGUUGGUGGUGCUGAGAUUGGCCCUCUUAGAUGCUGGCCUGGUGGUUUGUGUCUAUCAAGGUCAAUUGGAGACCAGGAUGUGGGUCAAUUCAUUGUUCCGGUUCCUUAUGUCAAGCAAGUAAAGCUAUCAACGGCUGGAGGCCGGCUUAUUAUUUCAAGUGAUGGUGUUUGGGAUGUCUUGACUGCAGAAGUUGCAUUUAACUGUUCACGAACACUUCCUCCAGAGGCUGCUGCGGAACAAAUUGUCAAAGAAGCAGUGCAACAAAAGGGACUUAGGGAUGACACUACUUGUAUUGUUGUUGACAUACUACCAGACAAAGCAAAUCUUACCAUGCCACAUACAAAAAAGCAACCAGGAAUGGGUGUUUUCAAAAACAUGUUUCGCAAGAAAACACCAUCUGAUUCAUCAUCCCAUACAGAUAGAGAAUAUAUGGACCCAGACAUUGUGGAGGAAAUAUUUGAGGACGGAUGCGCAUUUCUUUCCAAACGGUUGGAUUCCGAAUACCCAGUUCGAAAUAUGUUCAAGCUCUUCAUAUGUGCCAUUUGCCAAGUGGAGUUAAAACCAAGUCAAGGGAUAUCCGUACAUGAAGAUUCAUCACAACCUGGGAACUUGCGUCGCUGGGAUGGUCCAUUCCUUUGCCAAGGCUGUCAAGAAAAGAAAGAAGCCAUGGAGGGGAAGCGUCGUUCACGAGAUUCUUCGUCUAGAAACAGUGGGUCAAGUGAAUAGUCAUUUAUUGUUAGAUUUAUCAGGAAGCUACUGACCUUGCAGCACACCCAGUCCCCCACAAGAGCCGAAGAUUUUGCACCACUUGCCAUUGUAUUUGGUGGCACCUCCUCUUCAAUAAUAUGGACUUUCUCGGAGUUCUGAUAUAGAACGACAAUUGAAUUAGCAGGGAGGAGGUGGCUUCUGUUGAAUAGCUUUUAUGGAAGUGAGAAGCUCGUUGUCUUUGACACUGCUAGCUUCAUACCCAGCAGCUUUACUCUCAUUCUUUUGACCAUGAUGGCAUCUACAUGUUGAAAGAUGAUCCAUGAAGACUGGUAUGACAUGUCUAUUCUGAGGUCAACUAAAUUGUGAAUUACUGACCGUAUAGAGCACUGAUGAAUAGCAACGGCAUUGUGAUUCUUAAUUAGGACUAGAUGACUACAUCAAUAUUUUUUUUUAAGGCCGACCUUGAUUCGUGAUCGAAAAAUAUUCAUUCCUGUUGAAGUCCAGCCUUUCCUUAACUCCAAUGUAAUUAGCAUCGGAACAGAUUCCUUCAAACUGCUGUGAUUAAUCAGCAAGACACAUCUCAUUGACCUGUAUACAAUGUACAGAAUCUUGCUAACUAGACAGAUAUGUUUCUCCAACCUGACCUGUAGCUACUGUUGAUUAUAUUCAUUUGAUUUGGUGUCCAUGCCUGCAUACAA